UGAAAAGCAAAAUCCCGCCAGCACAUUUGUUCCUCUUGACCAGAACAGCUACAAUUUCAGCAACGCUCAACCAUGGCACAUUUCCAUGAAGACGCCUCGCGCACGAAGAGGAGGAAAAUUGAUGCUGGCUCUACUGGUACACAGAUGCCAGCUGUGACAAUCACCUCUCACACACAACUGCGCAACCUUCUUGCCUUCCAGCAGAGUGCUUCACAGGAAGUGAAACAGGGUGUUCGGUAUUUCAAGGACUUCCUCACUUCAAUCAAGGAAGCUGAAAAAGAGAACGAAAAGGCGAAAAAGCUCCGCGUUCUCAAAGCUUAUUGCGAUUCUCAGCUCGUCAACGCGGGCGAUGAAACCCAAGCAAGUUGCUUCCAUGAUCUACUUCAAACAUGGAAUUUUGCAGAGACUGAAAAUCAAGAGUCCUUACUCUCAUUGAUUCCGUCUGUGCUGGCGCUUUUCCUGAAGACGAUUUCUAGCCAGUUAGAGUUUCGAGAUUUCGGGUUGGUCUUGUGCAAAUUUUUGUUACAAAAGGAGCAGCUCAAGCUCUUCAAUCGCGCAUUUACCGCGAGCAAGACCAAGGAACAUUUGAUUUCUCCCUGCUUACGCCUUCUUACAGAACUUGUGAGCUUUGAUGGGGGUGCCGUUGCACGCCUUGUUUAUGGAAGGCGAGAAAUCACAUUUAAGCGACUUGACAUCUUCCUCAGUGUCCGCAAAUCUACUGCAGAGGCAGAGUCUGAAGGUCAACAAAAGUCAGGACUCCGUCGAAACGCUCAGCGUUACCUACUCGCUAACUUGAAUUUCCAAAACGCCACUGCUAAAGAGGACAUCAUCGGUCAAGGGAAACUUAUCCGUGCUUUCUUGGAAGACAUCCGCAAAGAUUCUCGAGACAUUGUUAUCGCUGUUAUACGCGCUAUUGAUAAGCAUAUUGCGAGUGAUGCAUCUCUUUCGCGGAACGUUAAAAGCCGAUUCCUAAACCGUCAUAACCUUGAACGACUCGUCACUCUUUAUGGGUAUGAGAAGGAAUCCAACGAGCCUGUGGUAAACGAGGAAUCUGUGUCAAACGAGAUUCAUAAACUGUUGUUGGAAGUUUGCACGAACUCAGAGAAAGGAGUAUUACUACCGGAAACGGGAUGGUAUCCUACUGGAAGCAACCCUGAUGUGUUGCCGCCGAACGACGAUGGUGCAAUUCCCCUCGGGCUCGACUCUCCCGCCCACUUCGAUAAAUAUAAGGAGUCAGUUCCAGUUCGCAACGGAAAUCUAUCGGCAUUAAUACAGCUUCUUCGCCCGGAUUCAGAUACCUUGCAAAUGGAACUUCUACUGAAGAUCUUCAGAGCUGUACCCGAGCUGGUAUUUGACUUCUUCUCGAAGCGAACCAUGUUCACGUCUGACCCUAAACCUACCCCGAGCUGGCUAGGAGAGUCCGCUUUUCUUUUCUCUACAAUCCAACUUCCAGUGCCUACAAAUUGCGGAUGGAAGGGCAAAACAGUACUCAUCCCUCCGCCAGUGACCGUUGCGAUCGAAAGCAUACUUCCUCGACCACUAACAAAGAAAAUCUUGACAAGAUGUCUAAAUCAAAAUACGGACAUAAUUACUUUAUUCGCGGUUCGGGCUAUCACCUUGGCUCUACGCAAGCUACAAAAUGUUCUUCGGAUUUUUAGUAAGGAGAGAGAAACCGGACAAGAACUCUGGACCCAAGCGGCGGGCAAGCUUGUUGAGGAGUUUUGCCGAAGAUCUCCCUCGAUGAAAGAUGUCAUACUACUCUUCAGAAACACUGGAAGGGACAACCUCCAACAGCAAGACGCGGUGCUCGAACUCCUCGCCAUGUUUUACCAGGUUAUUCCGACCGUUGCUCUGGAGGAAAAAUUCGAUAUUUCGUUGACAUUGGUUGAGGUUUUGAAACAACUUAACGGCGGGGAAUCUCAGCCUGAGGAUAAAGAAUUGCUCUUCAGCCAGUUACAGAACUUAUUGGUUAUUGCCCGGGAGUCUCCUAUGAUGCGUUGGUGGCAGAAACCAGAAUCCCUCCAAUUUUCUGCCUUCGUCUCUGUUUUCCAAGUCCUUGCCAACACGGCCACUGUUCAAGCUCCCAUCGACGACAUCAAAAGUCUAAUUCAAGGCGUAUUAAUCCAGAACUCGGUUAUUUUAAGCCCUGCUUCUUUUAACGCAUUGGUGUUAAGCAUUGACGCAUCUGACAGCACUGCUCUUGCAACUCAACUAGAAUUUCUAGACAACUGCAUCACCAGAUUGGUCAAGAAGCCCGUCCUCUAUUUAGAUUUCGCUGAGUCCUUGGUUGGUGGCAGCCAAGAGAACUUGAGUCUUCUUGUUUGUGUUGUCAACGAACAGUGGCCAUUCGUUGUCAAAAGCGGGCAGAGUGACAAGCAAGCGAUAAUCUCGAAUUGGAUAUCUCGAUUCCUUGGGUUGUUAGCAAUGGCCGGAGAGGCCAAGAGGGCUUUAAAAACUGUGCGUGAUUCGGUUAUUAGUACCAUAGAAAACAAGAAGGCGCGGUCAGCUUUGAAAGUCGCAUUUAAAAAUGCCAAGGAAGCAGUCGAUCAGAAUUGGAGUGGCCAUACUCUAGUUGCUGCGGAUGCUUCUUCCAAAUCCGAAACCCAGGAUCAGGGGCCCCGUGUCAAUCUGAUAGAGAUGUUUGGGGCACUGCCUGUUGAAAGUGAAUCGCAUCCAGUCCUGCAUCGAUGGGAAAGAGAGGAAAUCGAGCUUGCGCUGGAGAAAGGCCAUAUUGGCGAAUUGAUGCUUUGUCUGUGUUCAGAGUAUGGAGAAAUCCGGAGACAGGCCAGUGCAGCAAUAUCUCGCUUUAUGGUUAAGAUCCGAGAAUCAACAUACGAGGAGAGCCAACCCAUUUAUAUUGUUGCUGGUGAAGUUUUAGAAACUGCUAAGGAGGUUGGGCUAGAGACACCACUCCCGUACAUUGCUGGAGAGCUUGCCGCGCGGAUAGUGAUGGUACUCACUGAUCCCCUUCACAAGAUAUACGGCAAGGUGAACAAAUUCUUGAACAAGAGCCCGCGAUGGGAGGUUGGCAAGAUUCCAUCCUACUGGAUAGAUAAAAUUUUGUUGCACGAGUCCGAGUACGAUGACAGCUAUCAUGAGGAAGUGGGAUGGCUGCUUGGUUUGCUCAUUAAUGGCCUGCGAACGAAGAAGGACAUGGACAUCUACCGACGUGCUAAUGUCUUCGAACGGGUGCUUUCGCUAUAUAACUCCCCGAGCUUGCCGGACUCAUUGCGAAAGUCUGUGUUGCAUCUCAUGUUCAGGGCAUGCGAAGUGGGUGGGAGUACUACUCUUUUAACGCGAAAUGGGGCGCUCAGCUGGAUCCAAGGCCAAGUAUCAGUACACGAUAGCCAGAGUGAUAUCCUCCGGGCAAUUGCCAGUGAGCUGCACAACAAGUCUGAUCAUGAAUGGAUUGAUAAGUGGAGUGGAUCGUCUUUGCCACAUGUGGUAGCUCAUAUUUUAGGGUGAGGAGAUGUCUACGGAAUCCGGUAGAAUAGUGUGGUUCACUGGCGGAUGACUGAAUUUGCAGCUUUUUAGUAGGACGAAGAAGCCAUCCUAAUGGGGACAAUCUUUGUUUAUUUACGUGUAUAUCGGUGUAGAUUUCGGAAAUUCUUGCAGAUAGGUGAGGGAAGCAAGCACCUUGCUCAUAAAUUUCCGCGUGUUAUAGAUAAUCAUUUAGCACACACAUCAUCAUAUAUUCAUUUCCCAUA